AUGACGUCGGGACUCGUUACGACUUGUGGUAAAAGUUUCGCAAGUGUCGCAGGCAGCACUGGUGUCACGGUCACCAGAACCAACCCUCACUCUCCACUCGACUCAUUCCGUGAUAACCACCGCACCAACGCGCCACACGCGGAGGCUGCUCCGCCGCCACGACUCCUCCGCUGUUGUAGAGACGCGCAGGUCGCGCGGGUCGCGCGGCACAUUCGAGGGCGUGAAGGGGACCGUCUCGAGCAGCAGCACGUGCGAGCAGCUCUGCGCGCCUCACUGGAGAUGCUGUGCCGCCCCAUUGCUGCAGAGGCCCUCGUUUCAAGAGCACUCACUGUGUCACACACCGCUCCUGCAUCACGCCAUACAGCCCGCAUGCCCCGUCCCCUCGCAGCCUUCGCAGCAGCCCUCUCUCUCCCACUCGCUCCCCGUGCCUCUCCCACCCUGCACCUCCUGCCAUCUCGCACUGCCCACUCAGUAACAAGCCUCCCCUGCGCACACACCCAGCACAAUCAGCACGCGAAGCACACCCAGCACGCGGGCAGCAGGCAUUUCUCUCGCACGCAGCACACACAGCAGUGCCGCAGCAGCAACCACGUGUUUGUGCCGCUGUCACCAUCAGCUACCGGCGUGCCCCCUUCCAUCUAUCAAGCGCACGCAGGGCGAGUGAGUGCCAUCCGCUCUCCACUGCACACCAUCUGCGCCGCCACGAGCCGACAGCGUGGGGGUAUGGCUGGGACUGCUGCUGACGCUGCAGCAGGUGGGGCUGCAGACGCUGCAGCAGGUGGGGCUGCAGCAGAGCAGCCAGCUGGGCCAAGCGGUGUGGAUGGCACAGAAAGAACCACGGCACAGGGUGCAACAGAGGGAGGCGCUACUGGCGCGCCGGGGACGAGCGGGGAAGGGGAGGGGGCACUGCAGGGGGGCGGGGAGGGGCAGGGACAGGCGCAGGGCGAUGGGGAGGGUGGGGAAGCGGGAGGGGCGGGGGAGGAGGAGGAUCCGUUGGUGCAGCACGUGGUGAUUCGUCGCGACCUGAUAGAGGCGCUGCAGUGGCCACUGGGGUCCGUGAUCACUCAGGGCUGCCACGCCAGUGUGGCCGUGCUGUGGCAGCACCGCCACCACCCCAACGUGCUCAAGUACUGCGGCCAGCUCGACUCCAUGCGCAAGGUGACACUGGAGGUGAAGGGGGAGGUGCAGCUGUUGAAUCUGUCCAAGAAGCUGCAGGAGGCGGGCAUCACACACCGCGUGUGGAUGGAGCAGCCUGAGAACAUGCCCACCUGCAUCGCCACUCUCCCACACCCCAAGAACGUUGUUGCGCCUCACAUGAGGAAGCUCAAGCUGUGGAUGCUUCAAACACCUAAAUCAACAGGAGCCAUGGCAUGCAGCCCGCCUCGCUGCACAGCCUUUCUGAAAGGCGCAAUCAGUGUUUACCCUCCACCUCCGCGCGUAAUAUCUAGUCCUCUUCAACGUGCACGUUUGAGCCUUGCUAAGGGAAACGACGACAUUCUUUGGUUGGAAUUCUUCCGGUCGCAGACCCAUCAGCAGCCGUCGCGCAUCGUCGCACGGACUUUCGUGCGAUGCGAUGUAGCUCGCCAGGGUUCGUCUCGCCGCCAGAGCCAGCAAUCAGUGAGCGCGGGCGCGACAGCGCGGGGGAAAACGGCGAGAAGCCCUGCGGGGGCGACGACCGCCGAGCGGCUACGGGUGCGGAAGGAGGGCAGCGCGCCGAGGAAAGCGGAGGCACCCGCGCCGGGUGCUGGGCGCGCCAAGGGCGAGCUUGACGCAUUUGAGACGUGGCUGUGCGGCGGAGAGGCGCACCGGGAGAGCGCGAAGUGGGAGAAGGACGGCGGCGGCAGGGGCGCAGGCAGACCGCGGGGCGGCUCAGCGCAACCGGCGGCGGCUCCGACGCCCACAGCUCCGCAG